AUGCAGACUGCACUCCAGGCUAAGAAUAAGCUUGGAUUCAUCGAAGGGAAAGUAAAGCAGCCAGCAGAGGGAGAACCUCACCAUGAACAAUGGGUAACGUGCAAUUCUAUGCUUGUUUCUUGGAUUUUUAAUCAUUUGGAUGAAGAUCUGCAUAGCUCUGUAGCCGGGGCAAAGAAUGCUAAGGUACUGUGGGAUGACCUCAAGGAGCGUUUCUCGCAAGGAAAUGAAACAAGAAUCCAUCAGCUCAAGACCGAAAUAUGCUUGCUCAGACAAGAAAAGAAAUCGGUUUCUGAGUACUAUUCGAAGUUGAAAUCUCUUUGGGAUGAAUUAGAUUUAUAUCUCAACUUACCAGUGUGCAGCUGUGAUGCUGGGGCUCAGCUCGCUGCCCAUAAGGAGAAGGAGAGGGUUCAUCAAUUCCUCAUCGGGCUUAAUCCCGAUUUCUCUACAAUUCGAUCCCAAAUUCUGAGUAUGGAUCCCCUCCCGACUGUCAAUCGGGCGCACUCCAUGGCAGCACACGAUGAGACGCAACGAUUAAUCACUCAAAGCAGGGACUCCAGCUCAGAAGCGCUCGGUUUCGCGGCCAAAAUCGCGAAUGAAUUUGGGGGUGCAAACCCUAAUUUUGUCGGGACCAACAGAGGCGAUUUCAAACCUCGGGGAAGACCUUUCUGUGAUUUCUGUGGAAGGAAUGGGCAUCAUCGAGCGACAUGCUAUCAGCUUCACGGAUAUCCGCACUCCGAUCAGUCGAAUCAACGAAGUUCGAAGGGAUUUUCAUCUGGACACUCUCGGUAUGGAGGCAAAACAGGAGGUCCAUCCUCCUCUGUUCCUGCGCAGAAAGGAAAUAUGGGAUUCGGGUUCGGAUCCUCCAAUUCGGGGCAAUCCGGUAAUUUUCACAUGGGCGGGUCUUCUCAGGCGCGUCCGGCCCAAACGUCUCGUGGGCAGUGGCGGCCCAAUCAAGCAGCCCAACUUUCUGUUCCAUCCGGUUCGGCAGGACAUAUGGCGGCCCAGGCCCAGGCCCAUGGUGAUCAGUUGGCAGACAUCAGCAAAUUAGCCCAUCUCUCGGAGGGUCAAUUACAGCAACUUCUGUCGAUGGUCUCACGAGAUGACGGUGAGAUAAAUCGACUAAGUGGACCGCACCUCGGGGAGUAUGAUUGGAGUGGGUGAACUUCACGGGGGGGUCUGGCUACUACGACGAGUGUCUCAAUCAUCUCAGAGAACACAGGCAAUGAAAGCAGAUACAGAAGAUAUUUGGCACAAGCGUUUGGGACAUCCGUCUUACCGGGUUCAGUUUAAUAAUCAUUCUAUUUUUAUGCAUCAUUCGGACAAUCAUAAGCCUUGUGACAUAUGUUGUCGGGCAAAACAGACACGCUCCAGUUUUCCAAUAAGCUCAAAUAAAGCCUCUUUUCCAUUUCAA